AUCCAUCAAAAGGGAUACAUACACCUGGAAGUCAGUCAUACUCCCAUCAAUAAUCCCUCCGUCCGCCUAAAACCCCAUCGGCGGUCGGGCCCCGCCUUCUACAAACCCUAAUUAAAUCCAGCAACCGGUCCAGCGAUGUCAGACCUAGACCGGCAAAUUGAGCAGCUCAAGAACUGCGAACCGCUUUCGGAAGCUGAAGUCAAGUCUCUUUGCUUAAAAGCAAUGGAAAUCCUUGUCGAAGAAAGCAAUGUUCAGCGUGUCGAUGCUCCCGUCACCAUAUGUGGCGAUAUCCAUGGGCAGUUUUAUGACAUGAAAGAGCUUUUUAAAGUAGGCGGUGAUUGCCCAAAAACUAGCUAUUUGUUUCUUGGGGACUUUGUGGACAGAGGGUUUUACUCAGUGGAGACAUUUUUGCUAUUGCUUGCCUUAAAGGUGAGGUAUCCAGAUCGGAUUACACUAAUUAGAGGCAACCAUGAGAGCAGACAGAUUACACAGGUGUAUGGAUUUUAUGACGAGUGCCUAAGGAAGUAUGGUUCUGUAAAUGUUUGGAGAUACUGCACCGAUAUAUUUGAUUACUUAAGUUUAUCUGCUCUCAUUGAGAACAAAAUAUUUUCAGUUCAUGGUGGUUUAUCUCCUGCUGUCCACACAUUAGACCAGAUCCGGACUAUUGACCGGAAGCAAGAAGUACCCCAUGAAGGUGCCAUGUGUGAUCUUCUAUGGUCAGACCCUGAGGAUAUUGUGGAUAGCUGGGGAUUGAGUCCACGUGGUGCUGGUUUCUUGUUUGGUGGUAGUGUUGUCACCUCUUUUAACCACACAAACAACAUUGAUUACAUUUGUCGAGCUCACCAGUUGGUAAUGGAAGGUUAUAAGUGGAUGUUCAAUAACCAGAUAGUUACCGUCUGGUCGGCUCCAAAUUACUGUUACCGGUGUGGCAAUGUAGCUGCGAUUCUUGAGAUAGAUGAGAACCUCGACAAACGGUUUCGUGUAUUUGAAGCGGCCCCACAGGAAUCAAGAGCGUCUCCUGCUAAAAAACCAGCUCCAGAUUACUUUUUGUGAUGGAAGAUUCAGUGAGAUGAAUAUGGUUUUGCUUAUGAUAACAAAGCAUCAAUCUGAUGUUGAGUUCAUGACUGGGCAAGAAGAGUGGUUUUUCCAAUAAUUGUUUGGGAAACCUCAUUAUCAACAAUGGAUUAUGUCUCUUUGCUCAUAUAAUUGAUUUCAUUUUCAAGAAUCGGUAGCAUUAGUGUGUAUCAAUUGUGCAUGUACAAGGUGAUUGUAUUGGUGAACUAUAGGGGGCACAUACCUGACUUCAGUCCUCACAGGGGGCUGAAAUCUGAUUUACCAAUAUAUUUUGGAUUUGAAAACAUUUUUGUAUAAACAUUGGACACCCAGAGGCAUUAGCAAUGAACAGUGUCUGUUGAUCA